AUACACAAGUUUAGCUUUCAAAAUCAAGCACCCAACACAAAACUAAAAUAGUAAUAUUUAAUGUACAGCUCUGCUUAUCUAUGUUUACUUUAAAGGUGCAUAUUUUCCCACAGAUGAUAAAAUUCCCUAAUACAGGCUGAUAAAAAUGAACAAAACAAUAUAGUUAUACAAGUCACUUUGGCUGAACUAUGUGAAAGAUGCUCCAAAAGUUUUAAUAACAUAAGUUUAAUUUGGCCUUGAAUAAACUUUGCAGUAGAAAUGGCAGGGAGGUUUGUGCUUUAUAUCUGUAAAACUCACAAUUCAAUGGUGAUCCUUUUAUACUGGCUUGUUAUUUUUUUUAAGGACAGCAGGUCUGUUUCUGAGAAAUCACCUUGAAAUAUAGAAGGUAAAAUCAGUCCCACCUGUUCAAACGUGAUUAGAUCCCACAUAUUAAGUAACACACUGACUUUAUGUUAUGUGACCAUAUGUCCCAAGGUCUUUAUAAAAGCCGUAGGUUUGUCUUGUAAUUUCACACUACAACACCAUGAGGAGAGCUGCUGUAUUUCUACUGCUGACCAGUCUCUUGGCCAACGGACAAGAGUUACGCUGGGAAAACACCUAUGAUCAGCCUCUAGAUUUUAAGUGCCCUCCAGGACAGUCAAUAUCCUACAUAAAGAGUGAACAUCAUAAUCAUCACGAGGACAGGCUGUGGGAGUUUGGCUGUAAAGACACCUUUGACUCGGGUUCGGACUGUUUCCUGUCACCUUACGCCAAUGAUUUUGACCAACCGUUAAACUUUGUGUGUCCACCACACCACAUCAUGGCAGGAAUGAGCAGCUACCACAACAACAAGCACGAGGCCAGACGGUGGCAGUUUUACUGCUGUAGAAGUAACGGCCACUGUACUGCUAACUGUGAGUGGACUACUUAUGUAAACUGGUUUGAUGAGUAUUUCCACUGGACCGUACCAAACCAGAACUACCUGGUGGGUGCUGAAAGCUACCAUGAAAAUAAACACGAAGACCGGCGCUGGAAGUACAUGUACUGUACCAAAGUGCAAUGCUGAGACACUCACAAAUUCCUCCAAAUGCAAAUACACUAAAAUUCAAAUCUGAAAUAAACACAAGAUGGAAAGAUAGUGUCUUUAUUGUCCUACGAAUUUAUGAAUAAAAAUGCUGAUAGGUCUAAUAUUGUAAAUGUAUACAAGUGUCUUGAAGUAAAAUCAGUCAUUUUUUGCAAUUAUCAAUAAAAUGGAGUAUCAGAUGUUUUGAAUAAGCUAAUGAAUCAGUAACCAAUGAAACAAACCAAGAGCAGGAACAAGGAAACAGAAAACCAACUCACUGUAAAACAAACACAGAUAAAACAAG